GCUGGCCACCUUUUAGGGGCCUAAAAGUGGAAUUUUGGCCUAGGUAACCCUGCUGAGAUGUGGUUCGAGAUUCUCCCUGGACUUACCAUCAUCCCUGGAGUGGCCACUGCAUACGUCCACAAGUUCACUAACAGUGGCAAGGAAAACAGGGUUGCUCAUUAUUUAUAUCAUUGGAAUUUGAUGGCAAGAGAUAGGCAGAUCUCUGGAGUUAAUCAUUACUAUGUGUCAAAGGGUUUGGAGAACAUUGAUUAA